AUGGAAGCACUGACAAGAGGACCGCUCACAGCUGCUAUCAACACAACACAGAACUCUACAAUCCCAGAACCAGACCGGCCUGAAUCUCAGAAGUGGGAGUUCCUUGUGGUGGUCUUAGUGAUAGUGGUCUCCGUUCUUGCUCUCGUUGCCAUUUUGGCCAAAUGGCAGGUGGUGCGACGCUAUUUGGCCAGCUACAGACACACGAGGCUGCGGGAAACAGAAGCAGUUAGCCAACCAUCAGGUCUGGACGUGGAAUUCACCCUGCACCACGCUGGACAGUGCAGGCCUCCAGUGCACGAGGAGGAUGAUGAUGGCUUCAUUGAGGAUAACUACAUCCAGCCCAUUGACCAGGAGCGCGCCCGGAGAGCAGCCGAGGUCUUCCGCGACUCUGAGGACGAGAUGGACGACAUAGACUUUAGUAUUGCAUAG